AUGCCGUUAAUACAAACCACGGAUGAUAUUCAUCAGCCAGACAGCUUUACGGAGACGUCCAGAACAUUAGACAAUGAUGUGUUAACGCCGCUUAUGCAGGCGUCAUACAGAGGUCAAAUUGACCAGAUUAAAUUUCUUCUAGAUCAAGGCUCUGACUGCAAUGCCUUAACAAGCAAUGGGCUCAGUGCGAUAAUGAUGGCUGCAUUAAACAAUUACUAUUAUGUUGUUGAUUUAUUGAUACGCCGAAAUGCAAAUUAUAAUCUCCUUACUUCGGAAGGUAUCAGCGCUUUAAUGCUAGCAUCCGCUAGAGGAUUUCUUAGGACAGUCGAAGUGCUGGUAGGUUAUCGGGUGGAUGUGAAUGUAAAAAGUAAAAGCGGACUAACUGCAUUAAUGCUGGCUGCUUUAGGUGGACACGGGGAUGUUGUGGAUUUGUUAAUUAAACAUAAUGCUGACUGCAACAUGGUAAAUGACAUCAAUAAAAGCUGUCUUAUCAUCGCUGCUCAAAAUAGAAAUGUUCGCAUUGUGAAAUCACUCUUAGAUAACCAAGCUGAUUGCACUAUUGUAGAUGAAAAUGGUUACAACGCAUUAAUGUAUGCGGUACAAAAUGGAUUCUCUGACAUUUUACAAGCACUAAUAAGUAAAGGUGCUAGUAUUAACACAACAAAUAAUAAAGGAGAAAAUGCUUUUGUGCUAGCAGUUAAGGCUGGACACGCCGAAGUUGUUAAGCUAUUAAUUAAACAGGGUGCUGAUUAUGAAGGAGGUAUUCCAAUUCAAUCUUUUAGCCAUUCGAGAAAUUUAGAGCUGCAAGAACUGGCUUUUGUGCGAAUAUUAGAUUUGGUGGCCGAUGCUAUUCAAACGGAGCCCUGGAAAAUUGAUGAGAUUCUACAAAAUUAUAACGCUUUAAAAACUUACCUAAAAUAUACAAACAACGAUGAACCGUUUGAUAAAGAUACUUCCAUAAAAGUUCCAGCAUUAAUAUUGGCGACACAAUUGGAUUUCAUAGAAGUUGUAAGAGUUUUACUCGAACAAAAAGCUAAUAUAAAUGUUCAAGACAAUAACGGGAAUACAAGUUUAAUGUUUGCUUGCUAUUAUGGAAAUAGUGGUAUUGCCAAAGUGUUGAUUACAGCUAAUAGCAAUAUAAAUUUGAAAAACAAAAUUGAUUUAACUGCUUUACAUAUGGCUGUUGAGAAUGGAAUGACAGAGAUUGUUGAAAUGCUGAUAGAGAAACAUUGUGAUUUGGAAGCUAAAGCCAAACAUGGAGUAAAUGCUUUACUUCUCGCUUGUUUAUAUGGGCACGAGAACAUAGUUGAGCUUUUGUUAAGAAAUGAUGUUAACUGUAACUGUGUUCUUAACAAUGGCGUAAGUCCUCUCAUGUUAGCGUCGAAUCGAGGUUUUAGUAACAUUGUUACACAGUUACUUGAAAAAGACGCAGAGAUUGAUUUGUUUGAAAUCAAAGAAUGCCUAACCGCAUUGACGUUAGCUUCUAUAGAUGGAUACACAGAAAUCGUUGAGAAAAUGUGUCAGUCAAAACAAUUUAAAGCUAGUAUGAUUGAUUUUCAGGACAGUUACGGAGCUACGGCUUUAAUGCACGCUUCGGGUCAUGGUCGAGUGGAAACGGUAGCUUACCUUUUAAGUAUGUCAGCUGACUUAGGUGUUUCUGCCGAAUCUGCAGGAACCGCCUUGCAUUUAGCUGCUGAAAAGGGGUCACAUGAAAUAACGAAAAUGUUGCUGGAACAUAAUUGCCCCGUCAACAAAUGUGACAACUAUGGAAACACUGCUCUGAUGAUCGCUUCACAGCACGGUCAUGUCGAGGUUGUACGUGAAAUACUCAAACACGAGCCUGAACUAAGUACAGCUAAUACUGAAGAUUACACUGCUUUAUUGCUUGGUGCAGCGCAAAACCACCUCGCUGUGGUAAAGCUGUUAGUUCAAAAUGGUGCAGAGGUUAACAAAAUCAAUAAACACCGCCAAAGUGCUUUGACUAUGCCAAGGAAGACAGAUUUUUAA